AGUGAGAGCAAGCGGAGGUGUGUUUACAUGGGAAGUACCUCCCACAAUGAAGAAACGCAGCAUGAACAGACAGAGGAAGAGCAGGAUUGUGCAGGUAUGAAGAACGUGAGGGGACAUUCCUGAAAGUAGCUGCCAAAAACACGUGAACAGAUCUGGAUCAGAAUGGCAAUGAACAACACCACUGUAUCAACGAAUGACAUUGACAUUUACCGUUGUACUUUAAAGGAAGACUUCAAGUACAUUCUCCUCCCGGUAAGCUACAGUCUGGUGUUUGUGUUCGGCCUCGGACUGAACAUCACCGCCAUGUAUUUCAUAAUAUUUCGAACCAAACACUGGAAACCCAACACCAUCUACAUGAUCAAUCUCAACGCCUGUGACACUCUCUACAUCCUCACGCUUCCGUUUCUCAUCUACUACUACGCUGGUGCGAACGCAUGGCCAUUUGGUGACCCGAUGUGUAGAUUCAUUCGCUUUUUCUUCUACACGAACCUCUACGGAAGCAUCCUCUUCCUCAGCUGCAUCAGCGUGCACAGAUUCAUAGGCGUCUGCCAUCCGGUGCGAUCUUUAUCCUGGAUGAAUGCCCGUCUUGCUCGUUGGAUCUCUGUGGGAAUAUGGGUGAUCAUACUCAUCUUACAAUCCCCACUUCUUUAUUUCUCCAGGACAAGACUGAAUAAAGAAGUUCUGGUCUGUCACGACACCACUAUCAAGGAGCUCUUCGAUGAUUUUCUGGUCUACAGCUCGGUGGUGAUGCUCCUGCUCUUUAUCCUGCCAUUUGGGGUCGUGUUGGUCUGCAAUUUCCUCAUCGUUAGGAAACUUCGGGAACCAGGUGUUGGCAAUGGACCAACAUCCCAGCGAUCCAAGCAGAAGUCUGUAAAGAUGAUUAUAAUCGUGCUUCUGGCGUUCAUGCUGUGCUUCUUGCCCUUUCAUGUGAACCGCAGUAUAUACUACACACUCCGCUACCAGGAUCAAGCGAACUGCACCAUAAUACGGCUUUCCAAUAAUGUCUACAAGGCCACACGGCCUCUGGUCAGUUUCAACAGCUGCAUUGACCCAAUCCUCUACUUCAUGGCAGGACAGAGCUUCAGAAAAAGCAUCAAAAAGACAUCAAGCCAACACUAUAAUAAAUCCAUCUCAACGUACUGAAACUACUUUGAAAUAGAUUAGUCAUGCUACCAAAUGUUUAUGAUGAAUCCUGACGUUUCACACAUUAACAGUUGGGUUAACAUUGGUUUGUGUGUAUUUACAAUUGAUAAAUGCUCAUGGAAAGACAACUGAUCUCUUUCCUGUCAAUUUUUAAAUAUACACAAGCUUAAUGUAAUAAUACAGCAAGUUCACAAUGUUGGUAAUAUCUGUAAAUGUAAACAGAUGCGGAAAAAAAUGUGGAAAAAAAAAAGCUCUGGCGUUGAUGGUUCUGCUAUCGGUACUGGAGAAUUUUUGCUGAAUAAACAUUACUUACAGUAGCAUUAUUUAUUUAACCAACCUAUUCUAAUGUGCAAUAUUUGAUAUUCGUAUGCACAGUUGGCAAUCUCACAUGAGGAAUUAAGUAUAAAAGCCUUCACAGUUUUCAGCUGUGCACGUGCACUCACACACAUUCGGUUUAACACACACAUUCGGUUACACUGAAAACAGUAUUUUUUUUCUGCAGUAGCCAAAAUAAAUCUUAAACAUUAAAAUGCUUUUACAUCAGCUGUAUUUACAAAUAUAGCCUAUGAAUAGCCUAAUAAUAAACUAUGCAUA